CCCAUGCUUCCCGUCAUAAUGGGACCUGUUGCUUUCACUCCACGAUCAACGCCGCAAUCUCUUUCCGUACUCUGUACCUAGCCAGUCAUGGCCGGUGGAAGUUCCCAAUCACAUGUGCAGGCCCUGCUGGGUGGUAUCCGUCGAUUGGCUAUUACUGAGGGGGACACGUUUGACUUCAUCAUCGUUGGCGGAGGUACCGCAGGCUUGGUACUAGCGAAUAGAUUGACCGAAGACGCAAACAUCACGGUCGCGGUCCUCGAAGCCGGGGCAUGUCUAGAUACUCACCCUCGGGUCAAGACGCCAGCCCUAUAUGCCACUCUCCUCGGUUCUGAUGCGGAUUGGAACGCAACCACAGAGCCGCAGGAGGCUCUCGGUGGUAGACAAUUAAAGAUACCACUUGGCCGCGCGCUGGGUGGCAGCAGUGCCAUCAACAGUCAAGUAUUCGCGCCCAGCUCCAAGGUGAACCUAGACACCUGGGCCACCCUAGGAAAUGAAGGAUGGGAUUGGGAGUCCCUUGUUCCGUACUUCAAGAGAUCACACACGCUCGUUCUACCAUCAGACCCUGCAGUACUAGAACACCUCGGCCUUGAGAAUCUCGAUCCAUCAAGAGGUGGCUCCAAAGGUCCUGUCCAAGUCUGCUACCCGAACGAGUCAGAGAAUCCUUUACCUCAUGUCUGGAUCGAAACUCUCGAGAAGCUCGGCUACGUCGGGACUGGAGAUCCAUUCCACGGCGAUGCCAAAGGUGUCUUCACGCUACCAGCCACAAUCGAUGCGCAGAAUCGCGAACGAAGCUAUUCCGGCUCAGCUUACCUGCUUCCCGUAAAGAACAAGCCGAACCUAACCAUCAUCAUUGGCGCCAUUGUCCAAAAAGUGCUACUAACUGGCUCCGAUCCAAACGUCAUCGCCACCGGCGUGCAAUAUCUCAAAGACUCUAAAUUAAUCACGGCUAUAUGCAAACGAGAAGUGAUCAUUUCUGCUGGAGCGUUGAACUCACCCAAGAUCCUUGAAUUAUCUGGUAUCGGAAACGCUCAAUUACUGAGCGAGCAUGGGAUUCAUCCAGUCAUUGAUAACCCCAACAUCGGAGAGAACUUGAAAGAUCACAUCUACACGGGGCUAAGCUUUGAAGUCCGUGACGGAGUAGAUACUCUCGACGAUCUGUACAGGCAAGAUCCUACGAAGAUCCAGGAAGUCAUGAAAGCUUAUGCAACAGAUCGAACAGGUCCACUGACUGCCACCAUCUACUCGUUCGCUUUCAUCACCCUCCCCGAGGAUGUAGGAGAAGAGUUGAUAAGAAAACUCGACCUAGAUGCACAGGGUAGUGAUGUUAAUCAACGCUGCAGCCUAGGCAAAGUAUUACUCAAAUCCGCCCAGCCGACCGCCUCUCUUUAUGCCUAUGCUGCUCAAGGAAACUUCACCGGCGCCCCGUUGAAAGACGCUGACCUCCUUCCCAACAACUUCUAUUCUAUCGACUGCGGUCUUCUUCAGCCCCUCUCUACUGGUUCCACGCACAUCAGGUCCGCCGACCCAUCAGCCACUCCACUGCUCGACCCAAGAUACCUCACCCAUCCCUUAGACAAGGAAAUUAUCUCUCAACACAUGAUGUUGAUAUCUCGCAUAGCCAACACCACUCCCCUGAAAUACCUUCUAAAAACCCGCGGCGCACGUAAUGCUGAAGCGCCGCAAGAUAUUGCGGAUCCUAUAGCGCUGAAAAAGUAUGUUAGCCAAACCGUCCAAAGUUCGGGUCACUUCAUGGGAACAUGUGCAAUGCUGCCUAGGGAGGACGGUGGCGUUGUCGAUACGAGACUAAAGGUCUGGGGAACGAGGAACCUGCGGGUAGUAGAUGCGAGUAUUUUCCCCAUUCCGACAACGGGAUUGCCGAUGGCCACGGUGUAUGCGGUGGCAGAGAAAGCAGCCGAUAUUGUCAAGGAGGAUGCGGCACUAUGAAUCUCGAAGUCCUGGUAUCGUGCGUGUGUCGAAAUAUGACGAUUCAGUGACAUUGGGAAAUACAG